CGGCUAUGACGCCUUUAAAUAUUCCAUCUGGAUCUUUGGCCGCCGCCCCAUGUAUACAUUUGUCCCGGUUCAAGUGUCGGCGCCGGUUCGGGCCGGUAACUUGCAUGAUAAGGCCGGAUCAUUACAACUCUUAACCUUUCUGCUCGACUUAUUCUCAUUCUGAACGCAACAUGGCCAUCGAACUAGCACCAAUCACCCUCCCUGCCACUGCCAGUCUUACUGAUUUCGAUCCCGAUUUUGGUCGAGAAGUCAAGAACGUGAGCCCUGGUGAACUAACUCCUGAGCAAUUCAAGGAGAUUGAGACAGCUUUGUACACCCAUGGAAUUCUGCUGUUCAGAGAUGUUACACUGACACCGGAACAACAAUAUGCUCUAACGAAGGCUUUUGAUCCUGAGGCCGAAUCAUAUGGACAUGGCAACAACAAGACGCAAUCUACCAAGAAGUCUAUCCUUCACCCAGACCUUAAGACUAUUCCCCGGGUGCCCCAAGUUCAACUCAUCGGCAAUGGCAUGGUCUACAACCAUGAAGGUCUUGAAUCCGCUGCUCUCAAGCAUCCCUCACAUACCACCUUCCACAAGACCCGUGUCUCUCCUGAAAACGAGGACCUGGGCAUCACCAGAUUCUAUCGCUGGCACAUCGAUGCUGCGCUGUACGAUUAUAAUCCACCUCGUGCGACUACCCUCUACGGCAUCACCGUGCCUGGGGGUGAUCGGCAGACUGUCAGGUACAGCGACGACGAUGAUCCAUCCGGGGAGACCCUGUCUGUGCCUCUGGGGACCACAGCUUUUGUGUCAGGAAAGAAGAUGUUUCAGAUCCUGCCGCCUGAGUUGAAGAGCCUUGCCGUUCGGACUUCUGUUCGGUACGCACCACACCCUUACGUCUGGAUGGCACCUGCCCGUGCGAAGUCGGACGGUCUAGGAAUUGUGAACGAAGGUCUGGAACUGCCGCUGAGCGAACUUCCAGAGUGGGAGCAAUCGAAAAUUAAAACGCUGCCUAUUCUUUGGAAGAACCCUAUCACAGGCGAACUACAUUUCCAAGUGCAUCCUUGCGGUGCUCAAGAACUUAUCGUGAAACCCUUACCACUUGGCGCUUCCCGUGAGGGUGCUUUAUACCCCGAUGGAGAACAUAUCAAGGACCUUGGGAAGGUUCGCGAACUUCUGUACUUGAUGCAGCGGCCCGGUAUUGCACCCGGGUUGGUGUAUCCACACGACUGGAAGGAACGUGAUCUCGUUCUGUUCCACAACCGCGGUUUGCUUCACACCGUCGUCGGUGCUUUCAAGCCUGAUCAAGUUCGCGCAUUCCAUCAGUGCAACCUCGCCGCGUCCGAUGUUCCCGCUGGCCCUACAGAGCAGGAUAUCAUCGCAUGGGCUUAAAGUCCAAUCACAUCCUGAAACAGUCACUGUCAUGAUCAUUUUCUAUCCGAAGCAUAUAUGUACGAUACUAUAUAGAACUGUACGAUAUCAAUAUGACACUCGAUACUCAUUCUCAUGCAAUUAUCUCUUGUAAUCGAUGUACUCAUCAUUAUGGACUACCUGGUCGUCCUGUAUCCAAAUUAUAGCGUUAUCCAAACAAUUUGUACUACAACUAUCCAGGUAUCGCAAGAAGAGCACGACCAAGACAGGGCAGGAGAUGCCAUAGGCAAACCGUACCCGCAAUUAGGGCU